GUAAUGUCGCCUUUCUUGCAUUAUUACGCACACAUUCAUUCGUUUUAUUGCUUCCAAACAACCCUCAACAAUGAACACAGAACGACUUACAUUAGCCAACGACUCUACACCGCCACGCUUCGCUCAGAGCUUUUGGGGAAAGGAUGAUGCCGGAUACUCUGCACUUGCAACACGCAUGCGCCACGCCAAACUGACUUGUCAAGAGGUCUUAGGCAUGUUUCAGGCUCGCGCUGCCCUUGAAGAGGAAUAUGGAAAGAAAUUAAUCAAAUUGUCAAAGUCGCCGCUGGGUAAAGACGAGCUAGGAUCACUUCGCGAUUCUCUUAAUGUCGUCCGAUAUGAAAUUGAAGCCACCGGAAAAUCCCAUGUUGAGCUGGCAGGCAAAAUGCGUGAUCAGUUGGAGCUUGCCCUUGCAGAUUUUAAUAACAGCCAAAAGGAGAAAAGAAAACUGCAUCAAACAGCGAUCGAUCGAUCGUUCCGCAACAAACAGCUCUACUUACAACAGCUUGUUAAGGCGAAAGACAAGUAUGAUGCAGAAUGUAUUCGAACCAGGGGUCUUUCAGUUGCGAAAAUGAACCUUGUAGGGAAGGACCUUGAUAAAGUCACCUUGAAAAUGGAAAAAACUGAGCUGGCAUCAAGGGCUGCAGAUAUCGAAUACCAAGCAAGCAUUCGUCAAUUAACAGAAAUCAAUGAAAAAUGGAUUUCAGAUUGGCGCUCGGCGUGUGAUAAAUUUCAACUUCUUGAAGAGCAGAGAAUAGAUUACCUACGGACUACUCUUUGGAACUAUGCCAAUAUCAUAUCGAGCGCAUGUGUUGCGGAUGACGAGUCUUGCGAACGGAUACGAUCAUCAUUGGAGCUAUGCGAUGUCAAUCAGAACUUGCAAAGUUUCAUUGAGGAGUGUGCUACUGGAGAAGAUGUACCUGAUAUUACUACCUAUCUGAAUCCAAAGUCUUCCGAAGGAUCCGACAGUACAGUGGACAAUACAAUUACUCCUCGAGCAUCAAUGCAAGAGAUAAGAGUCAGAACUGUUUGUGGACCGCAUCAGCCAAUAAUAAACAAUAAUGAUUCGGGAGCAUCCUCUCGCCCUCCACCAAGCCACUCAAUAGACCAUGGAGCCGACACAGGGAUUAAUCCAGGUUCACAUGUUGAGGUGGCACUAGCAGUUGGUAAUAACGUUUUCAAGCUGGAUCCUCAAACUGCCGCUCUGAUGGACCAAGAUGACAGCGCCAUUAAACCUCCGGCAGAAAAUAAUUCCACUCGGCAAUUCACCAGAGAUAGAUCGCCAUCCAUUUCUACAGACAAUAGUCUUGGAAUAUCCCUGGAUGCUAGUGGCACUGUAAAGGAGAAUAGAUUCCCACAUUGGCAGUCGCAAGCGCCAUUACAGCCAUCUUCAGCCUCAUUUCCCACUACUCAGCCGACACUUGGAAUAUUGCAUCCUCAAUACCAAAACACCGUCAAUAAUACUAGCAUCAAUAGGUUGACUUCAACUGCUGCGCAAGGGUGCAAUCAGACCAUGUCUGCCCAGUCUGAUGCCCCUUGGCCUAAUACCCAUGGCAUGGAUGCUACAUUGCAGAAUAGAAAAGCAAAUAGCUCGUAUAGUGGGUCUUCUGCCCCGAUUCAGCACCAAACAUCCUAUCAUGAAUAUGGUGGGGCCACAGAACAGAGUCACACGCAGGCUGGAACCCAAUCUACGCAUGAUGGGCGGCGGAUUCUUUUUUAUGUUCGCGUAAUGUAUGACUACGAGGCCACAAUACCUGAAGAAUUAAGUCUAAAGGAAGGGAAUAUCAUCGCUGUGUUGCAUACACGUGACGAUGGCUGGUGGGAAGGCGAUCUCAUCGAUGAUAAUCGAAACCAUAUGCGCGGUUUAUUUCCAAGUAAUUUCACGGAGCCAACUGAAUAAAUGCUAGUGUCAUAGCUUAAAUGUUUAAUGACAUGACAUGAUCGUAGACCGACAACUUGACAGCCUUGUCUCCUGUCC